AUGGUUGGGUUCCGUAAGUACUGGCUCGACGAGAUCGAAUACGUCGUCGCCCGAAUCGACAAGGGCUGGCCGGCGAGUCAGAUUCCCUCAUACUUCAUCGAGCACUUCAACCCCCUGAAUGCUGUUCGCGGGGGCACGCAAUGGACGGAAGAGAACUUUGGUGCCAAUCAGAUCAAGUACAUCAAGGGAAAGUACUGGAACACCCCAGAGUUCUGGCCCCUCCCCGACGUCCCGGCUUGGGAUGAGGCGACGAUGCACCGGGGUCCGCGCCCGCCUGCCGGAGGUGGCCUGGCUCCUUCGGGUCUACCCACAGGUAACGAGGACGAUGAUCUUGAAGAGGACGUUCUGGAGCAAACCCCAAGGCCCCGGCGCUCGGCUACUAACCGGCGGGCUGUCGCGGCUCCUGUCACUCCAAAGAAUGGCACGCCGAACCCGUGGGCGACGCCGAAGACAGGCAGCUCUGGUCUCAGCAUGCAAAACCCCUUCGCCAAGAUGCCAGAUAUGCCAGGUAUCAAGCAAGAGGACCAAGGAGAUGGUCCUGACUUCACGACGCUCCCUCGCUUUCGUCAGGGCCGCAACGAGAGAGCCAGUGUCGAUCAGUCGUCUACACAACGGUUCUACUCUGGAGGGCUUCGUUAUCAAUCCGCGAAUCAUGAUACCCUACCCUACAGCACCUCCUCUUCCAUUGGAUUCACCACUCCGAUUGGGUUCAUUACUAAUUCACCGGGCCCGUCUCUCUUCUCUGGCGCAGCGGGCUUGCAGCAGGCUUCUGCCGGCUAUGGAUCGGGCUUCAGUAAGCUUAUGCCGCGACUGCGAUACGAUCAUCGAGUUAACAAAGAUCUAGAUACUGUCACCCAUCCUAUCAGCGAGUUUAGAGAUCCGAACGAGGGACCUAUGGGACCCAACAUCCGUCGCCGAGGCCGUCAAGGAGUCGGCAACAUGGAUGACGGGGCCGUCUUUGGUUACGUGGACCCGCAGCUGCACAGCCAGACAGCCGCCUAUGAUGUUCACUUCUCAGGAGCGUAUGCAAACGCCGCCACUGCUCAGCCCGAUGACCGAUGGUUCACGCGUCCCUCUAAUGGCCGCCGAGUUUCCGGAACUCUCCACGACGACUUGAACGGCGGAGUGAGCUCACCGGAUGACUUCAUGUCUUCCUUUCUCGACGAUCAAGAUCCGGAGAACGAUUAUCUCGAGGCGAUGGAUGCACGGCCAGAUCACCAUUAA